GGAUGUCGGGCCUAAAGCUGAUCUCUGCAACUGACACCCGGUAUUCAGGAACGGUGCUGAAGUCGAUGAAUAGACAGCGAAAUAAUGGAUUGUUCUGUGAUGUCACCAUAGUUAUACAGGACCGUAAAUUCCGAGCACACAAAAACAUGUUGUCCGCGUCAAGUACUUAUUUCCACCAACUCUUCUCAGUGGCUGGACAGGUGAUCGAGUUGAAUUUCAUCAAGGCGGAAAUCUUUGAGGAAAUCCUGAAUUACAUUUACAGUUCCAAAAUUGUCCGCGUUCGCUCCGACAUGCUCAAUGAGCUUAUCAAUGCUGGGCAGGUGUUGGGUGUGAAGUUCAUUGCGAAUCUAGGCGUACCACUCUCACAAGUCAAGGGCCUACCUGGCCUGUCCAAAGACACAGAAAACAAUGAAGUAAGCUCCGUGGAGAAAAGCAGUACUGAGUCUAUGGGGAUGAUGAUGCCCAUUAUCACCGAGUCCUUUUCACUGUCUGCAGAGGAGUUCAGUCAAACUGACAAAAGUGCAGACAAGGAUCAGGACUCGGACAAUGACGACAUUAUGUUUGUAUCCAAAACGGACGCCAUCAAGAAAUGCAAGCCCUCCGAAAUCAUCGAUUUGGAUGGACCCGGUACAGAGGAAGACUCUGUGACAAAACAACCGGGAGAGGCCAGACCCGCUUUGACAAAGGACCAAGAGAAAACAGUCGAAGCAGCCCCGCACCUCAACAGCUCCUCGCAGACCCUGCAAGACCAGAGUCCUCUGAGCAGCCACAUGGUGUCCCCUGACACAAGGUCCAAUAUUCCGUCUUCACCCGCUGGAGCCUCCUCUUGCAGCACACCCACUAUGCCGGCUAGAAUUGGGACUUUCACCCCCAAAACACUCAGCACCUCCCUGCCCUCAGAAAACCACAAGAUAAUUGGAAUCCACAAGAAGCAGGUUACACUAGCUCGACAGAGUGACUUAAAAAUCAAGCUCUCUGAUGUUAAGUCACCCGGCGGAUUCAUCAAGGAGGCAGGCAUCAACAUUCCCCAAAUAUCCGCAGCUGCAAAAAAGACGAUAACACUAGAUAAAGCUUCAGAGAUCGACUCGUUUUCUCCAGGCUGCAAGGUGUACGCCAACAUUGGGGAAAACACAUAUGACAUUGUCCCAAUGAAGGACGACCCCGGGGAGGGAGAUUCUAAAAACAGUAGAGGGGGAAAAAGGUCUCUGAUGGCCACCCCUCUUCAACCUUUCAACACCUCUCAACUGCCACAGGGCACCCCGAGCAAGAAGACCAAAACGGAGCAGGAAGAUCACUACGAGCUCAUCAUGGACGGGAAGACCUUCUUUGUGUGCGUGGUCUGCAAGCGUCCCUACGUGUGCAUGACGAGCCUUCGGCGCCACUUCAACACCCACUCCUGGGAGAAGAAGUACCCGUGCCACUACUGCGACAAGGUGUUUGCCCUGGCCGAGUACCGGACCAAACACGAGAUCCACCACACAGGCGAGCGGAGGUACCAGUGCCUGCUGUGCAACGAGAUGUUAAUCAACUACCAGCUGCUGUCAACUCACUGCAAACAGGCCCACAACCAGGACCCAUCCGGGAGGAAACAGAAGGACGACACUGACAACAACUUGUACCGCCUGCUCCCUUGCAAAACGGUGCAGUUCAAGACCUACUCUUACGAGACAGACGAUUCAGAUUCACGAGGGGUCCCUAUUAUCCAAGAGGAUGGGAGUGUCCAGCACAUUAACCCUGGAAGGGGGCACCUGGCCAACCCACUACAGUUACAGUCCACCCAGGGCAAGAUGUUGAACUGGGAUGACAUCUUUGUGGAGCCUGAGGCACAGCCCCGACCAGGUGCUCACGCCCACCGGCCAGGGAGCCACCCUAUCCAACCUCCCCCAGGCUCAUCUGAAUUUGAGUUUGUCAUACCAGAGACAUAC